UAUGCUACAAGUACCCUCCGGCAUGGUACUAUUAGUCUGUGACGUAACACUAAUCAAUGGAUCAGGAGAGAGCAAGAAGGGAGGAGCUGAACGCCACCAUUUGGUCUGUAUAUAAGACAGCAACUUGCGUCUCGGGAUAGCAGUCUCUCUUCGUCGUCUUGACUAGCAGGCAUUUUUUACCGUAAACAUGUUUUUCAAGGUGGCUCUCAUGGUAGCGAUGGCGAGCGCGACUUUGGCCUUCCCCUCCGAUCCUUAUGGUCCUCCACACCCAGUAUAUAAGGAUGAACCCAUGCCAUAUAAUUAUGCCUAUGCAGUCAACGAUCCUUACGCAGGCACUGACUUUGGUCAGAAUGAAGACUCUGACGGUAAUAUUGUCAAGGGAUCCUACACCGUCCAGCUUCCCGAUGGCCGCAAACAGACGGUGAGCUACGUUGCCGACCACUACAACGGCUACCAGGCUGACGUCAGCUACUACGGCGAGGCUCGGUACCCACACGAGUACGGUCCCCCUAUCACUUUCCCGCCCCAGCAUCCCUACAAGCCUCAGCCUUCUUACCACUGAUUGUUGUUGAUUUUUGCACUUGUUACUAGUCACUGUUUUGUCCCUGAAUAUCAAUAAGAUGUUUUCAUGUUCA